AUGCUGCCCGAGGCCCAGCACCAGCCGGCGCAAGAGCCUCCACGGCAGCCGCAGCUCGAGCUCGAGCAAUCCCAGCCUGGAAUCUGGGCAGAAGAAGCAUCCGUGCCAAUUAGCGACAAAGCGACAUCAUCCGGUCCUCAGCCUGCCUCUGUCGGCGACACGGCGCCUCCUGCAGCCGCAACAACCGCCGCAUCAUCAUCCACAUCGGCGCCGUCAUCGUCGCUGCCAGCAGAUUCUGCUGCGCCCCCACUGCAGGCGCAUGCUUUAGAAGAGAACCCAAAAGCUUCAAUCGCUGCCGCAUCCACCACCACGACGACAACAACGACGCCGCCGCCGCCGCCGCCUCCAACCUUCAACGGUGGAGCCAAGGCCGACAGUGGCUUGGAGCAGUCCGUUACAUCAAACGCACACACUUCUGGAAUCGGUGACUCUGAGGCGCCGAAAGCCACAAUCGAGACUGGGGAACACGGGGGCCAGGACGUUAUCAUGGCGGACGCUCCCGGAACUACCACGACUGCUGCGGCUGCUGCGACGGGACCAUCUCUACCGGCGUCUGUCGUGAACACUGCCCAAGUGACUUCGGCAGGCCAAUUCCCAUCAUCAACGCCAUUCACAUCACAGCCUGCUGGCAUCGACCACCGUCACGCAUACAUGAUGAUGGCUCUGGCCUCCAUGUCUGCCGCACCGCCCGCCAUGUCGCCGCCGCCCACCGUCACUCCCUCUCAGAUGACUCUACCCAACCUCGCAGAAGAAGGGUACUUUGGCCUGGGCUCGAACAAUAACCUGCGCCAGUCUGACCCCGACAUGGGCCUGGAGUCGUUUGCUCGUGUAGAGUUCGCCGACAGUGUCUUUCAGAUGACCACUUAUGCCGUCAUCAUCGGCCGUGACCAGCGAGCUUUGGAACAGGCCAGGCGCGAUGGGAAACGUGCCGAGGAGUACCAGCGGCGUGUCGAGGAGAACGCGAGUAAAGGCCUUCCUCCGCCAUCCCCCAUUCCUUUGCCUCAAGACCGUCACAAAUUUAGUAAAUCGUACGUCAGUGAGGAGGGCGGCAUGCUUGGCCCGGAAUCAGAUAGCGAAGACAACGGGCGUCCGGCGAAGCGGCGCAAGACCAGCACCACAGGAUCGUCCCAGCAGAAUGAAAACGAGAACGCCCAAGAUAACAUUAUAUCAAACCGCCAAUACGUCGCUCAUACUCCUGGCGCUGCUGCGGUUGACCUGGCAUCACUCAGGCCGUCUCCCUGGCAUGUUCCUUUCAUCGGUAUCCACUCUCCCGGCCCCAACAUUGCGAGCAAAACAAAGGCUAUAUCGCGAGAGCAUCUCAAGAUCGCCUAUAACCCGGAGGAGGGCGUAUUCGAGGCUAUACCCUUGCACAAGAAUGGCUUCUUCUGCGAGGACGUGCACUACAAGAGCGAAAAGGUCGUUCUUAGGUGCGGCGAUCGCCUUCAGAUCAAGGACGUUGGUUUCAGAUUCAUCAUCAACGGCGUAGAGAGGGGGCGGACUGGCGCAGAAGAAUAUCAAGAAGAGGAUGCCACGAAGAAACGCCACGCUCAGGGCGGAAAGAGCAUGAGUUUCGACUUUACACAGUCACAUGGCAACGGCCAGAUUCAAGACACAAGCGAUGAGCUGUCAGAUGUGGACAUCAGCCCAGCGGAGUUGUCCGACUUUGGCGGGGACGAUGAGGGCGAAGGCGAAGAAGAAGAAAAGGCCGAGGCUGAACGAGAGGGCGAGGAGGAGGAGGAGGAGGAAGAAGAGGAAGAAGAAGGCGACGAGGAAGACGAAGAGGAAGGAGAUGCCGACGUGCCAGAAGCAUCCAUCGAGGGCGACUCUGAAAUCAAGGACGAAGGAGAAGCGAAUCACGACCUCUCGAUGCCCGAGAUACCGAGGAAGAGGGGACCCGGCAGACCACCCAAGAACGGCAUCAUGUCGAAGAGAGAGCAGCGUUUGCUGAAGAAGCAGCAGCAAGAAAUGGCAAAGAAGACACUGCCUCAAGCGCCGCCGGUCGAGCCGCCUAUCAAGCGCAAAGUCGGCCGGCCGAGGAAACACCCACUGCCGGAAGACGGGGUGGAUCGGCCCGAGAAGCGCAAAUACAAGCCUAGGAAGCCCAAGAAUGAAGACGGCGCCGAAGGCUCCGAUGCCGAGAGACGAGCGAGGGAGAAGAAGGAGAAGAAGGCACGGCCCAAGUCGCCUCCUCUGGAACUCAAGAUUGAGGACUACACCGAGGAGCAGCUCCAGAAGCCGAAUAAGAACUACGGUGUGCUUAUUGACGAAACAUUGACGGCGGCUGGCCCUGACGGUCUCACGUUGAAGCAGAUUUACAAGAGAAUCUGCCAAAGAUACCCGUGGUUUUAUUUCCACACCGAGACAAAGGGCUGGGAGAGUAGCGUACGCCAUAAUCUGAUUGGGAACGAGGCGUUUAGGAAGGAUGAAACGACGAACCUGUGGUCUCGGGUGCCCGGUGUUGAGCUGGAUGCUGGUAAGAAGCGCAAAGCAUCCUCCCCGGACCGAGGACUGGCGGCUGCGCAGGCCUAUGGACACUACUCGUAUCCCUACGCCGCUCAGCACAUGGCCCCUGGAGCGCAUCCUGGUUACCCCCCAGGCCAGGCACAAGCUCCCGCGUAUCAAGCUCCCGCAUAUGCGGCGCAGCCGCCUAGCCACGCAGCGCGUCCAACGCCGUAUGGCCCAUCACAAUCACCCCCUGUCCAUCAACCGGUUCAGCCAGCCGUGGGCGCUCCGCCUCCGGCUCCAGCCCCGAUCCAGCUGCCAGGAUACGGUCCCCCGGCAGCCCCGGCUCGCCCCCAGCUCGGGGUACCCCAGCCCGCAUCCUACAGCUCGCCCUACGCUUCGAGGCCGCCUCCCAUGGCAACCCCAGCCGUCAAGGCCGAGGACAGCGGCGCCGGCGUACCGGCUGCGGCUGCUGUUGGCCCUGUCCAGCAGUCACCCCGACCAACCAUUUCGCCCGCCGCUACCGCUACGGAGCCAAAGGCGGCUGCUCCAGGGGCCGCACCGGCAGCGCAAAAGACGACGGUGCAAGCCGCCGCUCACCCGCCGCAGCCUCGACCACAGGCGGCGCCUGCUCGGCCGAUCAUCGAGCCUCGUCUUCUUAGCGCAGUCGUCGGCCUCAAAAACGGCCUCGUGGACAAUCUCAAAAAGGCUGGCAAUCCCAAGGCCGAGGCCAUUGUCAUGUCGGCCCUGAAUAGGUGCAUUGGGCUCAAGAAGGAAGCGACUGAAAACGACAAGAUGGAGGCGAUCUGCAUCAAGGGAAUCCGGCAGGUCAUCGAUGGCUUCACCAAGGGCAAGAGUCCCACGCCCGGAAGCUCCACCUCGCUGCCUACAGAUACGCCGCCUGUCUUCGAGCCCAAGGUACUGGCUGCGCUGAACGGGCUCAAGGACGCCUCUGUCAAUGCCAUCAAGGGAGGUCUGGGAGAGGCCAAGGCUGAGGCUGUGACCCUGUCCGCCAUUGACCGGGUGAUUGGCCUCGCCGAUGCAAGCAUCAUGCCCAAGGCGGCCGAGGGCGAGCCGGCGAGCAACUUUGAGGGGGUGGAGCAGCAUCUCAUGAAGUCGAUCCGGCAGCUCCUCCAGGGCAUGAAUCAGAAGCUACAGGGCGACUGA